AUGCCCAAGCGUCCGCGCUCGUUCAGACGUCCCGAAGACUUCACCAAGAGUGACUCCGACGACGAAGACUACGACGACGCGCAUGUUCGCUCAUCCCCCAAGAAAGUNGAGAAGCGGACGUUCCAAAAGUACAAAUCGCAAAACGCGCGCAAACGUCAAAGAAGAGACGACUACGGUAGCGACGGAGUUGUCGACGACAGCGACGAUAACGACGAGGGUUCUUUCGAAGAAGAUAGUAUCGAGGAAAGUUCAGGUUCGGAGGAAGAGGAGGAUUCGCCUGGUCCCGGCAAGCGCAGGCAACGCAAGGCUGCUCGUGUCCCGGUUGUAUACGCUGAAUCCGACGAAGACGCCGAGGGAAGCGACGACGCUAUCGCACGCCUACCAUCGCCGCCAGUCACACGCUCGCUCCUUCUUAAACUCAAAGUCGCGCCAGAAAAGUUGGAACUCCUUAGAGACACAGACAAAAUGAACAAUACUCGUAGAUCAACAAGGGCUAAUAGCGCCAGAAUAUCGGCGCGCGGCACAACACCUGCAGAGGGCUAUGGUAUGUCAACCAGACGCAGCAGUCGUGCCUCUCAGCAACAGGAGCCGUUGCUAGCCCUUGGUGAUUCAGGCAAGCAUGCUCAUACGCAAGGUGCUCGCCAAACAUCCUUUACACCUGAUCCUCAAUUGCAAUCUGCUAGAAGUACAAGGAGCAAAGGCCACAAGAAGCCACCACCUACUGUCAGUGCCAUCAUGGAGGUUUCCCAAGAAGAAAUUCCUGCUUCUCAGGAUUACGGCGAGGUUCCCGAAUCCUUCGACAGAGAGCUGCGCGAGUAUGCUGAGCCUGCACCCAAGGAGGAAGAGGAAGACGCGCCAGCUGAUGUUGCUUCUCCUUUUGUCUCAGAUGUACGAAUGGAAGAGCCAGCUGAAGAGGAAGUCGAUGCCGAAGGAGAGGACGAUGAUGAAGACGAGGGUCCGAUUAACAAGAACAAGCGCAAACUUAGGUCACAGCAAAAGACCGAAAGUCCACCACAGCGAGGUCGCGAGCAACGACGACUCCGGCCACGAACUCGCAAAUCUCAGGGCGAAGCUAGUAGUGAUUUCGAACCUCCAGCUUCCGGUGGUGAAGAGCCUUCCAGUGCCGACGAACUGCAGGAUUCGCCCAAGAAGAACCAAAAGAGUGACAACGACUCAAGUAGUGGUGGUGGCCGUCUCAGGCGCUCUCGACGUACUGCUACAAAGCGUUCGCGCGAGUCGUCGGUUGAAGAUGUUGAUCCAGAUGAGGUUGCCGACGAAGCUGAUGACUUGCGUGAAGAUAGGCGUCGCAACAAGCGCCCUCGUCGAAACAGGCACAAUGACAUUGUUUUCGAGGGAACAACUCUGCGCAAUAGAAGCAACAGACCGGAUUACCGUAUCUUCCGACCAGAAAUUCACCAAGCAGAUGAGGAAGAAGCAGUAGCACCGACGACAUCACAGCGACCUCGUCGUGCAGCUGGACCUUGGAGAUCUUUGUUCUCGACUCUGGGUCCUUUCGGUGGUGCUGGUGGUCCCGCGCCUGUCUUUGGUGGUGAAGGGGCAGAAGCUGCUGGCGGAGCCGACUCUGACAGCAGUGACGACGACAUGAUUCAAAAGAUGCCCCGAGCAAGUGUCGGAGGCGCUGUAGGCAUGACGCCGACUGCUGGCACGGCAGCUGGCCUCUUCCCACAAACUCACAAUGCCGAUGCUGGUGCUGCGACUGCUGGCGGUCUGUCCAAUUUCGGAAAAGUCAAAGACAAGAAGGCCUUGGCUGAUGCUGAUCCAUUGGGAGUCGAUCCGAACGUCAAUUUCGACGGUGUUGGAGGUCUUGAAGAUCACAUCGACAGGCUCAAAGAGAUGGUUCAGCUUCCACUCAUGUACCCAGAGAUCUUCCAGACAUUCAAGGUUACUCCACCUCGUGGUGUUCUCUUCCACGGACCUCCCGGAACUGGAAAAACAUUACUUGCAAGAGCCCUUGCUUCGAGUGUCAGCGCUCAUGGAAAGAAGGUCACCUUNUACAUGCGCAAAGGCGCUGAUGCGCUCAGCAAAUGGGUUGGAGAAGCUGAACGACAGUUGAGAUUGCUAUUCGAAGAGGCGAGAAAGACACAACCCAGUAUCAUCUUCUUCGAUGAGAUUGAUGGUCUUGCGCCUGUUCGAUCAAGUAAGCAAGAGCAAAUUCAUGCAUCGAUUGUUGCCACUCUUCUUGCUCUGAUGGACGGCAUGGAUGGUCGUGGCCAAGUCAUCGUUAUUGGUGCUACCAACCGUCCCGACUCGGUCGAUCCAGCUCUGCGCCGUCCAGGUCGUUUUGACAGAGAGUUCUAUUUCCCACUGCCCAACGUCAAGGCCCGUCGUGCAAUUAUCGAUAUCCAUACCAAGGGAUGGGAGCCUCCAUUGAAGCCUGAGUUCAAGGAUCAACUUGCAUCUUUGACCAAGGGAUACGGCGGUGCCGAUCUUCGUUCGCUUUGCACAGAAGCUGCUUUGAACGCUGUGCAAGGCACCUUCCCUCAGAUUUACUCCAGUAACAAGAAGCUGCUCAUUGAUCCUUCGCAAAUCAGAGUGCAGGCCAAGGAUUUCAUGAUCUCUGUCAACAAGAUCGUGCCUUCCUCUGAGCGCUCUGCAUCUUCUGGUGCUUCAGCAUUGAAACCCAACGUCGAGCCUCUGCUUAGGGAUGCGCUUGCAAAGGUUUCGGCUAUUAUCGAUGAUAUCAUCCCACAAAAGAAGCCAACAACUGCAUUGGAAGAGGCCAUGUACGAUGACCGUAACGAUGAGCAUGGUUUCGAAAAGGAGAACCUACAGAGAGAAUUUGAGAGCUCCAGGAUUAAUCGCCCAAGAUUGCUCAUUAGCGGUCUUGAAGGUAUGGGUCAGCAAUACAUCAGUGCUGCAUUACUAGCCAAGUUCGAAGGGCUUCAUGUACAGUCUUUUGACAUGUCGACGUUGCUCAAGGAUUCAACAAGAUUGUUUGAGGAAGUUAAGCGCCACAAACCUAGUGUCAUCUAUCUACCAAGCAUUGAUAUCUGGUACGAGACAAUGGGCCAGCAGGUCAUCAAGACUUUCAAUGGUCUCUUGAGAACCUUGGCUCCUACGGAUCCGGUUUUGGUGCUUGGUGUGAUGGAGUUGCGCUCCAGUGACGCCAGUCCUAACCAUGAGAUGAUGAGAGAGCUGUUCAGCCGUUCAAGAAAGAACUACUUUGUCUUGGACAGACCCGGAGAGAUGGCUCGCAGAGAAUUCUUCAGCAAAGCAAUGAACUACAUUCGACAAUCGCCCGCAGAAUUUCCUCAACCAGAAAACCGCAAGAAGCGCAUCUUACCAGCACUGCCUGAAGCGCCUGUCUUGGAGGAACAACCUAAAGCACCCAGCAAGGCUGAGCUCAAGGCACAAAAGAAAAAGGAUCGCUUCACGCUGAACAAUCUCAAACUGCUUAUCCAACCAGUCAUGGAUCAGAUCAAGUUGAAGUACAAGAAGUUCAGAACUCCCGUUGUGGACGAAAGUCUUAUUGGUUAUCUCUAUGAGGAGCAAGAUCCAAGUGUCGUUACCACCGAUUUGGACCCUACACAGGCACAACAAUUCCGACCCUAUGAAAUAGCCAAGGACGCAAAGGGCACGACAGUCCUGCAUGAAACUGCGACCGGCAAGCAGUACUACAAUCUGGAAAUUGUUACCAUCGAGAAGCGCUUGUCAAACGGAUACUACAAACGCCCGAAAGACUUCCUGACAGAUAUCAGGGCACUUGCCAAGGACGCAAAGACUUGUGGCGACCAAGAACGCACACUCAAGGCAAACGAAAUGUUGGCCAAUGUUGAAGUCGACAUGAUGAAUCUUGAGGCGAUCAACCCUGUACUAGUUGCUGAGUGUGAAGCUGUGUACAAUCGUGAAUCGGCACGGGAGAAAGAGCAAAUCGAGACAGCCAAAGAAGAAGGGCAUGAGGUGCCCAUUGUCAGGCCAAAUGUACCACCAAACGUCUCUAACACCGUCACCGAGCAAUCUACCGGGCCAGUUCACCUCGGCGAGGAUGUGCCUGGAUCACGGAUGUUGCAUCCUUUCACACCAGCUAGGCCACUUGGACCCAGUCCCUUGUCUAACGGUUACACCAACGGCUCGAGUGUUCCUUCGAGAGUCCACGAUGAGCCUGAGAUGCCCGACAGUCAGGACACCUCUCUCGUGAAUCCUCAGGAACGUGCCGGAUUCAUUCAACCGUACGCGACUCCAUCGGCUCAAGGCACACAGCCAUACCACACACAUACUCAGACUAGUGUGUUGACACGGAUUGCUCCUGGUUCGGCACAUCAAGACUACUAUAACAGCGCGUCCUCUACCAGCUCGGGCCAGAAGACAAGCAAUCAGAGCCACAGGAGCAGCGCUCCUUUCUCAGUCAUCACCAACGCAUCUUCCAAUGGAGCGCGUAAUGAUGAUGCUCCUGACUUCAGUGCUUUGCCCAAUCUUGAAGGUGGCAGUCAAUUGCCUAACACGCAGCCUCCGGAUAUGUACAGUUCGCAGCAGUCGCUGUCAUCUCAAGGAGCCAUGGGCCCGCCACCACCAAGCAGCCAACCUCACCAUCACUCUUUCACAGUCCAAGCAUUGCUGAACGAGCCACAACUCAUUCCGGCGGAUCCAGGUCUUCUCAAGAGUCUCGACGACCAAAUGGUACGCAAGUCGAGCGGACUCAAUGUCGAACAGCUGGAGCAGGUGAUGGCAAACAUCAUGGAUGCAAUUUGGAGGACAAAGGGCGAUUGGAACCGCAACCACGCUGCCUCGGCAGUUUCUGACACUUUCAACGAGACUAUUCGAGAUAUUGAGGAGUGUCAGGCCAUCUUGGCGCCCAGUCAAGAUGAGUAG